GCCUCAACAGACUUGCCAACCCGCAUCAAAUCUAUACCCGCCAGGUUACAAUUCAUCACAAGCAUUCGCAACUGGUACACUUUCGGUGACCGUCUUUUUCUGCUGCCGAGCGAUAUGUUUUCCGAUUUCAACAAAAUGGCACUACACUUUUUCAAAAGGGUUGGCAUAUCACAAUCACCAACCUUUGCCUCCCCGACAGCCCACAUCCGGACCUUUGCACUCUCUCAGACAUAUUUCGGCCGCUCCUUGGAUCCAAUCAUUAAACGACAGCAGAUGGAUCGCUACAACGAAAGAAGACGCAACAGACGCCGCACAGAUCCAGAAUACGCGGCGAAAGAACUCAAAGGGUAUCGCGAGCGGCCUCCUCACGAGAAUUGGGGUUUCAGAAAUCGCGAACUCGCUCUCGAAGCAAAGCGCAUGGCACACAUGAGACGGAAAGCCGAAGACCCGUUGUAUACGUUGCGAACGAGGAUUCGUACUACAUUGGCCACACAUAGCUGGAUGAGGGAAUCUCUGCCUUGGAAAACCCAUGUGCCUGUGCUGUAUGAGGACAAGGUCGAACACAACUGUGGCAAGUGCUUGGUCUCCAGACAUGGAGGGUUAAAGUUUUGGUACGUGUGCACAUGACAUGAACGACUUGAUGGCUCCUUUUCCCGCUUCUCAUUGGAAUCCACA